CCUCAGCGACCAUGGCAGGAGCAACAGGAUACGACCCCGUCAAGGCGAGCUCUCCCCGCUCCCCCUCGCCAUCCCAUCUCCCGCCCGACCUAACCCUCUCUCGUCUCCCCAGGGAGAACAUCUGGCGCUUCUUCCGCUUCACGCGCACCACGUCGCGCCAGGCCGCCGUGUGGGGUGUCCUCGUUCCCGUCGGUGUCUUUGCCCUCGCCCAGCAGCAGGACCUCAAGUGGCAGAUCGCAGGCGCAAAGCGCGACGACCCGAUCGCGCGGUGGGGUGCGCACGCCCAGAAGCCCUCGGAGCGCGCGGCGGCGGCAGCGGCGGCGCAGGGCGGCGAGGACGACGAGUAG